GAAAAAACAGUGUUUUUCAUUGAUUGUAAACGUUGUAAAUAUGGGUAACUCAAGCCUAAAUACAGCGCUAUCUUUAAGAACCACUAAACACACAUUUUAACAAUGGGAAUGAGUGAAAAUUCACAACAAAUCCGUCAAGCAAUAUUGUUUUGUUUGGUAUGGAAAGUAAACUUUAAAGCUUGACGCUAAACAGUGCGAUAAACCUUGAGAAUAUGCGGUGCUGCGUUCCAAGCUGCAGAAAUGACUCGCGAAACAUAUCCAAGACUGACGGAAUCACGUAUCAUGUGUUCCCAACUGACCCAGUACAGCGACAAGCAUGGCUGAAAGGGCUCGGGCGGCCCAACUGGGAGCCAAAGGAGCGCGCCACGGUGUGCUCGCAACACUUCUUUGCUGAGGACAUGUAUGAGACGCAGGGUGGGAUGCGCAAAGUGAGGGCGGGGGCUGUGCCACUGGUUGUGCCGCCGGUUGUGCCACUGGCUGCGCCGCCCGCUGCGGCCAGCGAGCCUGUCAGUGAAAAGGUGUGCAGAAUGUGUCUCGCGAUGGACGUGGACCUGCUCUCGAUGAAGAAGUGCAAGCUGGAGGCCUACUACGAACUCAUCACCGGCGUAUCGCUAUCGGACGUGCGUCUGCCAACGCGCAUAUGCGCGCUGUGCGCGCGGCGCGCGGCGGCGGGCGCUCGGCUAAGAGACCAGUGCGUGCGCGCCGACGCGAUAUUGACGGCUCUGCUUACUAGUGAACAGAGGCAUAUGCUCGCUGUGCGCGCCGACGCGAUACUGACGGCGCUGCUCACUAGCGAACAGAGGCUAACGGAACAGAACAUAAAAUCUAUUGAUCGAGAAGCGAACAACCUCACUUCCCCGCUGACAGUCCACAUUGUACCUGACCACCAGUACUUACUCAUCACAGAAACAGCUGAAGAUUUAAAAAUAAAAGAAAACAAAAUGGAUGAACCUCCUUCGCUACACGAAGUUAACGUAGCAGAAGCUAUAGAAGUAAAAAACGAAGAUGAUGAUAACACAUUCUUCGACGACGAACCCAAUUUUGAUGAUAACAUGGAACCGGCAAAAAUAAACGACACUGAUCAUAUAGAAAGCAAUUAUGAAGAAAACGACAAUUUCAUUCCGUCGGAUAACUCUUCGUGCGACAGCAUACCUAUAAACCAACUGAAAAAGGCCAAACUUAAAAAGAAAAAAGAGGAGAAAAAACCAGCCAAAAAGGUUGCAAAAGUUCGCAAGAAGGCCGUUAAAAAAGAUCCAACAGAACCUAAAAUCGAUAGACGUAGAAAACCGUUUUUGAAUGAAGAUCUAAACGAAACGUUGUUCACAAUAAUAGACUUGACUUAUGAGGAGCAGAUAGCUGAAAUAGAGAAAAGACAAGAGUCUUCUAAUUAUAAAAAUGCGGUGUACAAGUGUACUGAAUGCUAUAAAGGAUUUUUGGAUGAAGAUGCGUACGAGACACAUAUGGUCAGGCAUACUGAUGCGUGCGGAGAGUACACGUGUAAAAUCUGCAAGACUCACUUCAAGCAGCCGCACGCGCUGCGCAAACAUAUAACUGCACAUCACACUCACCGGUUCAGCUGCAACUGUUGUGUCUAUGUCACCACACAUCGACAGACGGCGCGGCUGCACGAGCGCUGGCACAAGGGCACCAAGUAUCAGUGCCCGCACUGCCCGGAAGAGUUCGUUCGCUUCACAACGUACAUGGGCCACGUGCGUAUAAAACACCCGUCAGACUUCGUGUGCGCGCGUUGCGGAUACUCCUUCGUCUCCGCUAAGGGCAUAGAGCUGCAUAAGAAGCUGAAGCAUAGAUUGGAAGAUCAGCCCAUCCCAGCUGACGGCCCGCUCUGCUCACUGUGCAACAUUCGAUUCGCGACGGAGGACGCGCGACAACGACACAUGCAGGUGUCGCUGCGACACGCCGCUGACAAAGAGCCUAAAGAAGCGAACGCUCCCAAGGGCCAGCGCAAGCCGCGAGACGGCAAGAGCCAGAGGAAGGAGAGAGACGCGCGGAGAGAAGAGCCGGACAAGAAGUACCCGAGCCAGAUGAGGAAGGCCGAGGGACCCAUACCUUGUGAACAGUGCGGCAUGCAACUAGAAGACUCGCGUGCCUACCACGGCCACUUCCGACGGGCGCACCCGGACAAGAACCGAACCAACUACCCCUCCAUGAAGUCACCUUGCAUGUGCGAGGUCUGCGGACGCAUGUUCCAGUCGUUCGCGCUACUCAAGGACCACACGUGGACGCACACCGGCGAGAAGCCGUUCAAGUGUGAACUGUGCAACAAGACGUUCCGCAUGAAGCAACGGCUGGUCGCCCACCGGCGCGUGCACAGUGCGCAGCGAGCGUCGUACACCUGCGCCGUGUGCCACAAGCACUUCUCCACGCACAGCAACCGCCAGCGGCACAUGUUUAUCCACACGGGCCUAAAGCCAUUCAAGUGUGAAAUGUGCGGCAAGUGCUUCAAGCACGCGAGCGAGAAGCGCGCUCACGUUUCCUACGUGCACCUGAAGAAGCCGUGGCCGAAGCGAGCGCGCGCCAAGAGACAACAUGCGACGCCUAACGAGCUAGACGACGAGAUGCGAGACGCCCCGGCCGAAGCCCCGCUGUGGCCGCCGUGCGACCCCAAGCUGAACGACAUGGCGCAGAUCAUACACGACAAACCCAUGUACUAUAACAAUAUUAAGAUUUAACCCGCUCUCCCUUAGGUACUGUGUCUUACGUCUAAGUGCCAAUUUCGCCGUAGUGGGUUAGAGCAUAACCAGGGAUUA